UGUUUACGCUUUCCCCUGAAGAGGAAACUAGAAUCUGCUUCCGCGACGUUUUCAUUAAGCGAUGGCCAAGCAUCAUCCAGAUCUUAUUUUCUGUCGAAAGCAACCGGGUGUUGCCAUUGGUCGCCUUUGUGAGAAGUGCGACGGAAAGUGUGUCAUCUGCGAUUCCUACGUUCGUCCCUGUACUCUGGUGCGGAUUUGCGACGAGUGCAACUACGGUUCUUACCAGGGAAGAUGCGUAAUCUGCGGCGGUCCAGGUGUGUCUGAUGCGUACUACUGCAAGGAAUGCACCAUCCAGGAGAAAGAUAGGGACGGUUGCCCGAAGAUUGUCAACCUAGGUAGCUCGAAAACGGAUUUGUUCUACGAGAGGAAAAAAUACGGCUUCAAACAACGAUAAGGUUAAUGUUGUUCCUAUACAGCUAAUUUUAGGUUUUAUCAAAUAUUUGGAAUAUGACCACACUCAUGGAAAUCUAAUAAAA